UGAAAACAUCCAAGUCAAUCUUUUCAUUUUCACAGUUUGCAGUGUUUGUGCCAGACAAUCAUCAUGGCCGGUCAGAAAUCCAAGCAGGCGAAGCCCGCCAAGGUGUCCAAGAGCAAGGAGACUCCUGCUCCUCCCGCUCAACUCGUCGCCGCGAUCAGCGCUUUCCUGAGCGAAUCUGGUCUGUCCAAGACCAAGGACGCUUUCACCAAAGAACUCUCCAGCAAGUCGAUCGACUCUGAUGCGAAGAACGUGCCGUCCCUGCUCGAACUCUACCAGUCCUGGGAAAAGUCCUCCGAGAAGUCCUCCGGUUCUAGCUCUUCGGACAGCGAGAGCGACAGUGAGAGUGAGAGUGGAAGCGAGAGCGAUAGCGAGAGCAGUGAUAGCAGCUCCGAUGAGUCCAGCGAUUCUGAUGUCGAGAUGAACGACAAGUCCGAGUCCGACAGCGACAGUGACAGCGACUCCGAUGAGGAGGAUGAGAAGAAGAAGCCCGCUGCCCCUGCUGCCAAGUCCCAGGGCACCAAGCGCAAGGCCGAGUCCAGCUCCUCCGAGUCUGAUUCCGAAUCUGAGUCUGAUGAGGCCCCGAAGUCGAAGAAGACCAAGGUGACUUCCGCCAAGGAGGAGUCUUCUGACUCGGACUCCUCUGACUCUGAAUCCGACUCUUCCUCUUCCUCUUCCGAGUCUGAAGUGUCCUCCGACUCCGACUCCUCUAGCGAUGACUCCAGCUCCUCUUCUGAGUCUGAUUCGGACUCUGACUCUUCCUCCGACGAGGACGACAAGAAGGCCGACAAGAAGGCCCUGAAGGCUGCUACCAAGACCCCUCUGCCUCCGUCCGACUCUAGCUCCAGCGGCUCUUCCUCGUCUUCUUCCUCCGACUCCGACACCACUGGAACCGUCAGCAACUCCGACUCUGCCGCCAAAGAGCAGUCCCAGUCUGCCCAGACUUCCGCAUCUAGCAGCGCCAGCCCUGCUCCCGGCAACGCCCCCCAGAAGAAGAAGCACACCGGUGCUCGCCCCACUCCUCUGGCGCAGCUGAGCGAGGGUCCCACUGACCACUACCUCUCGAACGACUACGUUCCCUACGCCUACGCCGAGAAGGCCUGGCAGGAUCUGUCGGUCACCCGCGGCAAGGGCUUUACCAAGGAGAAGAACAAGAAGAAGCGCGGCUCUUACCGUGGUGGUCCCAUCGACAUCUCGGGCGGCAAGUCUUUCAAGUUCGAUGACUAGAUCCGCGAUACUAUCUUAGAGAUGGAGACCAGUCUUGCCUCUUAAUAUAGGGGGCCACUCAUGCAUACCUACAGCUUUUACAUGCUCGAAACAAAAUGGGUAUUCAAAAAGUUCUAUUCGCUUAUGAUUCCAUCCAUAUAGAUCUAUAUGCAGCCUAGAUGGGUCAUUGAAUCAUUUUCUACAGCAAGGCGCUACUGGAGCCCGGUCGGAUUGCUUUUCUUGCAGCUUUUCUUUUUGCUUUUUGCUUCACGCUUCUU